GGGGAUGCUGAGUCACAGAUCUGUCACCACUUCGCACCUCUUUGCAACCCCGGGGGCUAAAGCAAAAGCGAAAGCGAAUGCUCCUGGCUGCCGGCUGGUCCUGGAGCUGAGCUCGCUACCUCCCAGAGACCCCAGCCUUGCGUCCCGGUGGGGCACUGCGAGGGACGUUCGGCCAUGACUUCGCGGCAGCUCUCGGGCUGUGGAGUCCACGCCCUCCAGGUGUUGCUGCUACUGCUGCUGCUGCUGCUCCCGCUGCGGGUGACACCGGGUACCACAUGUCCAACCCCCAUAUCUGUUGAGCAUGCAGACAUCCGGGUCAAGAACUACAGUGUGAACUCCAGGGAGAGGUAUGUCUGCAAUUCUGGUUUCAAACGGAAAGCCGGCACAUCCACGCUGACCGAGUGUGUGAUUAACAAGAACACAAACACUGCCCACUGGACAACUCCUAACCUCAAGUGCAUCAGAGACCCCUCCCUGGCUCACCAGAGUCCAGUGCUACCUUCCACAGUAGUGACGCCAAAGGUGACCCCACAGCCAGAGAGCCCCUCCCCUCCCGAAAAAGAGCCCGAAGCUGUAUCUCCCAAAUCAGAUACCACAUUGACCACCCAGACAGCUAUUGUGCCAGGCUCCGGGCUGACACCAUCCCAACCAGCUUCUGCAGGAACUACAGGGACAGGCAGUCAUGAGUCCUCCCGAGCCCCAUCUCUUGCAACAACAACGACCUUGGAGCCUACUGCUUCCCCUUCCCUCGGGAUACCAGAGAUUUCUCCAAACACCUCCAAAGUGACCAAAGGGUUUCUCCAUGUCACAGCCCUGGCUGUCCUGGAACUCACAGAGAUCCACCAGCCUCUGCCUCCCAAGUGCAGGGAUGAAAGGUGUGUGCCAACACUGCCCGGCUCUAUUUUCUAUUCAUAAGUUUUCCUGCUGGAGAAUGACUCACUGGCUUUUGAUCCUGUUUACCUGCACUAAGUGACAUCAGGGAAUCAGAUGUCGCUUUAGAUAUAUUAGCAGUUUAUUGGUUACAGUGGUUUUGUAAAUGAUCAAAUGAAAACAGGCCUGGUGGUAAAGGUCUGUAUUUUCAGCUACUUGGAAAGCUGAGGCAGGAGGAUUGCAGGAUCAAGGUCAGCCUGGACAACUCAGUGAAAUCCUAUAGCAAAAUUAAAUGUAUAAAGAGGACUGGGGAUAUAACAGUGCAUUGGUAGAGUUCUUGCUCAAUCCCCAGCUCUGCAAAAAGGAAAAAAGGAGAUAGAAAGAGAGUAGAUAGAUAGGCAGAUGGAUAGAUGGGUGGAUAGAUAGAUAGAUGAUAGAUAGACAGACAGACAGACAGACGACAGAUAGAUAGAUAGAUGAAAACAAUACAUUUAGGAAGGUUCUUUGAAGAAUAAUUUCUUGAAAAACUCACUUAAUGACAAGGGCAUAUAAACAAAAACAUACUCAUGAUCUAAGAGAACAACAUAUAAGAAUUAGGCAAGCUGUUUUUUCUCUAUGACACAUAGCACAUUAAUCUUUCCUCAUAGUUUUUAAUGUUUUGUUUCUCAAAUACUUAAUGAUUUGCACAUGGCCUGAAAAUCAAAAAUUAAAUAGCAUAGAGGCAUAUGUCCAGAAGGCUAAGGCAGGAGGAUUACUUUGAGUUUAAGAUCUGCCUGGGUUACAUAGUGAGUAUCAAGGCCAUUGUGUUACAUAGCAACACCACACCUCAAGAAAUUUAAAAAAAAAUCAAAAGUCAGCAUGGAAUGAACAGAAUGAAAGUUUGCCUCUGACUUGCGCUUCUGGAGACAGAGAGCAAGUGUCUUUGCCUCCUUCUGGUUGGCUGUGGAAACACAAGCGCAUGCAGAGAAAGUCUCAGAAUAGCUAUUUUGUGUCUCUUCACUGACCUGCUGGCCUGAUUUCCUUUCUGUUGCUGUGAUAAAACACUAGAAUCAAAACACCUUGGGGAGGAAAGGGCUUAUUGACUUAGACAUCCAGGUCACAGUCCAUCCCUGAGGGAAGUCUGGCGGAAACUCCAGCAGGAGCUUGAAGCAGAAGCCAAGGAGGAGUGCUGCGUGCUCAGUCACUCUUUGGCUCUGCUCAGCCAGCUUUCUGAUAUAGCCAGGACGACCUGGCCAGGGGAUGGGGCUUUCCAAGCGGGCUGGACACGCUAAAUCAGUUAACGAUCAAAGAGAUCCCCCAGACACGCAAACCGGCCAACCUGAUCUAGAGAAUUUCUCAAUUGCGACUUCUCCUCUCAGAUGACUCUAGGCUGGAUCAAGUUGACAAUGAGCGUUCCCCAGGGCACUGACAUAUCUUAGCAAUCCUCCAUAUCCACACAUGAAAGCCACCUUACUCUCUUUAAUGGCUACAGCAUAUUCUACCCCCAUAUAGACCUAAGCACAAUUUACUUAGCCAAUCUCAGCUUUGGACAUACUAUUAUUUACUGUCUUAAGUUAUAUUACCAACAGUGACUACUUGGAAACUCUGGUGCAAUCCUACUUAGUGGGUGACAAUCUAUUUGUAAAAUUUUCUAUAUAGGGCCUCAGACAAUUUAGGAUCUAAUACUUACUUUUCCAGUGCAUGGCUUUUGUGACAAAGAUAAUUCUGUGCAAGGGAUUGUGGGAAGCAUAAAGGAUUUUAAAUUUCAAAAAUUGCUUUAUGUAUAAAUAAGGUGUUCUUCCUUGAAUAUAGACAUGAAGAUACCUAAUUAUGACAGAAGUCAAAUUGUUAGCAAAAGAAAUGAAAAGGCGACAUUGGAAGUUUUUAUUGUCUGUUAAUAAAGUGUAAAUUGAAAUUAUAACCGGUCUAGUUUUGUAAAAGUGUUUGUGACAGUGUCGUUCGAAGUUUGCCACUUACGU